AUUGUUUAUUUUCUACAUGAAUCAUCUGGAAACAGUUGCUGAUUUAACAGAUUUUGCAAUUGGUCAUUUAAACUGAUUCUAGUAAAGAAUCGGGUGUUCAUUAUUGUUUUAUUAGGUGUGGUCUCAUAUUCAAGAUCAUCUCCUGCUGAACAUCUGAACUGAUUUAAGUGGUGCCAGCUCAUUUGAGGUCUUACAGUGAAAGUCCUCUUGUACUUGGUCCACUGUGGUGGGUAUUGGCACAAAAAAUUACUAUGCUUUUACUGAAUUGGAAACGCCACAUUUCUCGUUAUUUCCACGUAACCUCUCACUUUGUAGAAUACAGAUUGUUGAUAUAACCCCAUACAUACGAGCUGGAGAGAAGGGAGGAAAGACAGUCUUUCUUCUGGUCUUACUCCUUACCUGAUGUGCGGUUUUGGAAAUGGGCUGCUUCAGCUGAAAACAGCUCACACCUUUUUGGUCACACCUUGGAUACUGUUUCAUUCUUAUCUGCUCACAUUAAACAUGGCCAGGAUUUGAUAUUGAGGUAUGUGAACAACUAAUUUCUGUGAGUCAAAAGCUCACUGAGAGUAGACCGCACUUAUAUGGUCAUCUCAGUUACUCAGGCCUGUUUAUGAGGGACAGCCAAUCAAAAGAAGAUUGGCUUAAAGUAGGGGAAGUCAAACUAGCUUGUUUCAGAUAGAAGAUAAAUUGAGGGACUUCAGCAAGGUCCAGUAUAGGAUAAAUAAGGAUUAUUUUGCAUUUUGAAUCAUUCAAAGAAUUUAGGAAAAAAAAUGAGCGCAAUCGACCCUUCUAACCAAAUUUGUAAAACAGUAAACUAUUCUGGUCACAGUCAUAUUUACAAAGAAGUCAAAUAAUGAAAAUACUCUUUAUUCAGAGCCCUGACCCCAGGUCAUUACUUCUGCACAGAACAAACUUUGCCCUUUGUUUCUUAAACUGAAAUCAUGUCUCAAAGAGAGACAAGAUUUCAGGGGUAGCAGAAGGACCUCUUCUUGCACUCUUGGACACGAAGAGUGAAUGUAAGCCUCAGUCUGUUUGUCUUUUAGUACCCUGAGAUUCAGGUGGAAACAUAGUGUCGAAUAUGAUAAAGGAUGAGAAAAAGAUCAUUAACAGAGCACUUUCCUCUCUUACAGCCAGAAGCAGUUCAGACCUUAUACAUGAGAGUGCUGCAUCUCCUGUAUCGUUUCAGGCCCGAGUGUCACUCCAUGGUUCCGCUUCUGGAGAACAUUCAGUGUCCAGCCUAUCACGAAGGGGCAACUGCUAUCAUGAGUGUCUACACACGCAUGUGGCAGUUUCUGCCUAUGUGUUUGGUGUAUGAUUUUUCACUCAAUGAUCUGCUGGCUCCAAAAAAACAGAGGACUCUAACCAUUCUGAGCGCCAUCAUGAACUUUCUCCACUUCAGAAAGCAGAGGAUGGAGGUCGUCUUGGAGAAGCAGACUAAAUUUCGGGCAGACAUGGACAGACUGCAGGCUUAUACUAAAGGCAUCAGGGAGGCAGAGAAGAAGAUUGAGAUGCUGACGACCAUCCCACCAGAGCAACAGGCUGAGGCUGAUGAGCUGGCAGCUGCUCUCUCUGAGCUACAGGCCACCACCAUGCAUGAAUACCAGGAAGUGAAUGCCAAAAACGACAGCAUCACAGAGUGGAAAGCUACGAUAGCAGAGAAGACCCAGAAACUGGCCCAGGUGAAGCUAGAUGUCAGCAACCUGAAGGAAGACAUCAGCAAACUGAAGUCUCAGAUCGUGGAGUCUCCAGAGGAGCUAAAGAGCCAGAUGGAGAAGAUGAGGGAGAAUGUGAAGAACAUGAAGAACUCCAUUGAAGAAACAGACGAGCGUGUGGUGGAGCUCCAGAACAUGGUGCAGGGUGUGACUCACACCGAGGCUGAGAUCCAGCAGAUGUGCAGCCUUCUGCAGGACCUGGAGAGCAGCAUGAGCAACACCAAGCAGCGGCUGGAAGAGCACCAGGAGCUGAUGGCUCAGUAUGAGAAGAAGCAGAAGGAGCUGAAGAACCUGUGCAUGGAGGAAGGCCAGCUGAAGCGAGCUUUGGGCAUGAAGCAGGAUAAGGAGUGCAAACAGAACAUCCGCAGGCAGAAGAAGAGAGAGAUGAAGGAGCAGCACGUUCAGGAAGUGUUGGGGCAGUGUGACCAAAUCCACCAGAAGCGUGAGGACAUGGCUGACAAAAUCCAAGAGAUCUCCGCUGAGACGCAGAAGCUGAAGACCAGCAUUAAGAGCCUGAGAGACGUGUGCAGCAAAGAGACAGAGAAGGCUCAGGCCCUCUAUGACACACUGUCCACAUCCAUGGAUGAGCUCCACAAGAGGAUUGAGAUGCACACCAUGGACCUGAAACUCAGUCUAACCAAGAUGUCUGCAAACUUCUAAUCUCUCUCUUUUUUUUCUUUUUUGAAAACCUGUAUUUACUAAUCUGUCGGGUGUUUUUUUUUACUCUUGACUUUGUCUUUCUGAGUGUUUAAAUUCUAUAAAUAAAGUUUGUACAUUAAUGAACUUGAA